GAUCGCUGAUAAACAGAAGCAGCGCACGACCCCCCUAUAUAAAUAUACCACAUACAAACAAACGCUCGCGCGCGCUUCAGAGCUACAGCCCGCGAAGGUAUUUAAUCUGAAAGCCGGUCAACAACUGGCACCGGGCGUUUGCGUGGCUUUAGCAGACAGUUUCGGGAAUCAUUCCAAAGCAGUUGGACGGUUUUUUCGGUGUUCUCGUUCUGUAAAGAUAGAAAUCAGCUCACCAUGGCUAACGCAAACCCAGAGAUUAAGUACACGCAGCUUUUCAUCAAUAACGAGUUCGUGGAUGCCGUGAGUGGUAAAGUGUUUCCAACGGUGAAUCCAUCGACGGGUAAGAAGAUUGUGGACAUUGCCGAGGGUGACAAGGCCGAUGUGGACCUGGCCGUCCAGGCUGCCAAGGCCGCCUUCCAGCGAAGCUCCAAAUGGCGCCAGAUGGAUGCCUCGGCUCGUGGAAAGCUAAUUUACAAGUUGGCCGAUCUGAUGGAGCGCGAUAUGCACCAGAUUGCCAGUUUGGAGUCGUUGGAUAAUGGCAAACCGUACAUGAGUGCGGUGUAUGACGUGUACGGUUCGAUGAACUGUCUGCGAUACUACGCCGGGUGGACGGACAAGGUUUGUGGUGAAACUGUGCCUUCGGAUGGACCUCAUCUGACGUACACUCGCAAGGAACCGUUCGGAGUGGUUGGUCAGAUCAUUCCAUGGAACUAUCCGCUGCUGAUGUUGGCCUGGAAGUGGGGUCCUGCAUUGGCCGCUGGAUGCACGAUCGUUAUGAAACCCGCCGAACAGACUCCCCUCACGGCACUGUACAUGUGCUCGCUGGUCAAGGAAGCUGGUUUUCCUCCGGGUGUGGUCAAUAUGGUGCCUGGAUAUGGUCCAACCGCAGGAAACGCUAUUACAAUGCAUCCGGACAUUCGGAAGGUUGCGUUCACUGGUUCGGUAGAGGUGGGAAAAAUUGUGAUGGCUGGUGCGGCGAGCAACUUGAAGAAGGUUUCGCUGGAACUGGGCGGCAAGAGCCCGCUGGUGAUUUGCGACGAUGUGGAUGUCAACGAGGCCGCUCAAAUUGCCUACACUGGCGUGUUCGAAAACAUGGGACAAUGCUGCAUUGCAGCGACCCGUACCUUCGUGCAGGAGGGAAUCUACGACGCAUUCGUGCAGAAAGCCACCGAACUGGCCAAGGGACGCAAAGUGGGCAAUCCGUUCAGCCAAGGAAUCCAGCAUGGUCCCCAGAUCGAUGACAUACAGUUUAAGAAGAUUCUCGGUUUCAUCGAAACGGGCAAGAAGGAAGGCGCCAAGCUGGAAACCGGUGGCGUCCAGGUCGGCGAGGAAGGCUACUUCAUCGAGCCUACCGUGUUCUCCAACGUGACCGACGAGAUGACCAUUGCCAAGGAGGAAAUCUUCGGACCGGUGCAGAGUAUCAUCAAGUUCAAGACGCUGGACGAGGCAAUCGAACGAGCAAACGCCACUAGCUUCGGUCUGGCGGCAGGAAUUGUGACCAAGAACCUGAACAAUGCCCUCACCUUCAGUAACGCAGUGGAAGCCGGUUCAGUCUGGGUGAAUACGUAUUUGGCAGUAUCGAACCAGGCUCCAUUCGGAGGCUACAAGCAAUCCGGUGUGGGUCGUGAAAUGGGCAAGGAAGGCAUCGAAGAAUACCUGGAGACGAAGACCGUGUCCAUCAAGCUACCGUCUAAGGUCUAGAACGUUCCAUAUAUCUGGUGUUGGUGUCAGUCUCGCAUUUUGUUAUCGCAUUCAGAGCACGGACUGCUUUGUAAUGCAAUCGAGCCGUAUCUGCAGGUCAUCGCGGACAAAUAUGCGAUAAAUUUCCAUUGUAUACUGGUAUGAAUAAAUUAUCUCUAAAAAGUCAA